AUGUCUCCGGCAUCUCGGAAAUAUGACCUGGUCGUUCUCGGAGCCACCGGCUACACUGGGCAGCUUACAGCUGAAUACAUCCAAAAGAACAUCGCAACAGAUUUGAGAUGGGCAAUCGCGGGACGAAAUGGCUCAAGACUCUCUCAGCUCGCCAGAGAUCUGAAAGAGCUCAAUGCCGACAGAAUCCAGCCAGGCAUUGAAGUUGUCGAAGUGAAUGCCGAAGACUUGCAACAACUAGCUGAGCAGACUCGAGUACUCAUUUCUACCAUCGGACCUUUCUCCAAAUACGGCGAGCCUGUUGUCGAGGCUUGCGUGAAAAGCACGACUCAUUACUUUGAUAUAUGCGGUGAGACUCCUUUCACGUUCGACAUGCUGCACAAAUAUCACGAUUUGGCGAAGAAGCGCGGCGUUGUGCUCGCCCCUCAUUCCGGAGUGGACUCGGUUCCGGCCGACAUUUUGACCUAUCUUUGCGUUCAGAAGAUUCGGGAAACCUAUGGCGUAGGUGUGAGGGAGAGCGUCAACGUGCUACACGAGUUGGGAGGGGGCCCGAGUGCGGGCAGUCUGGCCACAAUGAUAGCCCUGAUUGAAGUAUAUCCGUCACGGUUUACCGCCCGGGCCCUGGAGCCUCACGCGCUCAGUCCAAUCCCGCCUCCAAAGUCGACUCGCCGGGUAUCACUGCUUGACAGGAUGCUUGGUUCUCGCGACAUCCCGCCAUUUGGUGUUGUUACGGACUUUCCGCAAGCAGAGUGCGACAUUGGAAUCGUCCAUAGGUCAUGGGGACUCCACGAGCAAGGAAAGUACUACGGGGACAAUUUCCGGUUUUUCGAGUACCAGCUUGUCGGGAGCCGGCUAAAGGCAUUCCUGAUGCACUAUACGGUGUCUUUGAUACGGACAGCGCUUCGGGUGUUCGCUCCAUUUCGAUGGCUGGUAAAGAAGAUUCUGCCACCGGCCGGGGGCGGCCCACCGAAGUCCGAGUUUCACAACUAUCGUGUUGCGUUCAAAACCGUCGCUACGGCUGACUGCGAAACAGUGCACAAAGUCAUGGCGUCAUUGAACUACAAGGGAUCACCGUACUAUCUGACCGGGGUGCUCGUAGUUCAAGCGGCUCUCACACUUCUACAAGGGGGCGAAACCCUAGGAAAGAGUCUCUCGGGCAUGGUCACACCAUCAACAUGGGGGAUGGAGUUGGUUAAUAGAAUGAAAAAGGCCGGGAUAGAGCUUGAAGUAAGCCUUCUCGAUUGA